AUGGCAAAAUUUUUUUCACGUUUAUUCAGUAGUGGUUCAUCAUUUCGUGGUUCACAAACAUCACUUUCUGAUCCUCAUAAUCAAAGUAAAACAUCCAGCAAUAGUCGUACAGCAUCAUCACUUGAAAAUCUUGCAUCAUAUCAUGUUAUAUCAAAAGAACUUGAAAAAAAUAAAUUACAUAAAGCAGCAUGGGAAGGAAAUCUUAAAAAAGUUCAACGUCUUGCACGACCAGGUCAAAUUAAUACUCCAUUACAUUUAGCUGUUGUUAAAGGACAUAUAGACAUAGUCAAAUAUCUUGUUGAUGAAGAUGCAAAAUUAGAUGUCGUUGAUAAUGAACAACGAACACCAUUAAUUAAAGCUGUUCUUAGUGGUAAUCAAAAUAUACAACGCAAUUAUGAAAUAUGUGAAACUUUAUUAAAGGGUGGCGCUGAUAAAUCAAUAAAUUCAGUUGAUAAACAUGGAAGAACUGCUUUACAUUAUGCAAUUGAUUUUGGAAAUGAACGUCUUGUUGGUCUUUUUCUAUCAAAUGAAAAUUGUGAUCCUAAUUUUAAAGAUCAUGAUCAAAUGACACCAUUACAUUUAGCAAUAAAACGUAAUAGUUCAGCAAUUGUUCAUUUACUUUUAUCUGAACAACAUGAUCAACAAGCUGAUCCAAAUAUUGUUAAUCGUUUUGGACAAACACCAUUACAUUUAGCAGCUAGUGUUGGUUAUGUUGAUAUUAUUCGACUUUUACUUUUAUCUAAUCUUAAUGAACCAUGUGAUCCAACAAUAGUUGAUUCACAACAAUUAACAGCAUAUGAAUUAGCUAAAAAUAAUCAUCAUGAAAUAUGUGCAAAAUUAAUUGAUGAAUAUCAAGAAAAAUGGUUUAAAAAAACACCAAAAAGAUUAUUAUCAACAUCAUUUAAUGAACAAUCAUCAAUAAAAGCAACAAGUUCAAUAUCAAUGCAUCCAAAAGCUAAUCUACAACGUGAAAAUGAUGCAACAAGUGAAGAUUCAUCAUCAAUGUCAAUAAAUAAACCAUUAAAAUUUUCACCAAAAAAAAUACCACGAUUAAGUGAUCAAUGGUCUGAUGAUAAUGCUCUUUCAGCAAGUGAAUCAAAACCUGUUUUACAUGGUUUAAUUAAAAAUAAUCCAAUAAAACCUUAUACUAACCAAACAAAUAAUGAAAAUUCUGCAUUGAAUAGUCUUCUUCAUAAUAAUCCAUUACAACCUCAUAGUAAACAAACAAAUGUAACAAAUAAUGAAAAUUCUACAUUGAGUAGUCUUGUUCAACAUAAUCCAUUACAAAUAAAUACAAAAAGACAAGCACCUACAGCUCAACGAACACAAUCGUCAUCGAUUUUUGGUAUUCAACCAGCAUUUGAUCGUAAAGAUAGUGAUAAUACAUCGACAAGUAUAUCAAAUGAAAAAUUACCUAAAUCUGUACAACCAAUAUUAGAAAAAAAACCUAUAACAUCAAAUAUAUAUGUUAAUACAUUACCACAACAAACAUCAAAUACAAAAUCUUGGUCGGAUGAUACAAUAACAGUACCUGUUACACAAAUAAAAAAAAUUGAACGACAUAGUGAAACAUGGGAUACAUCAACAUCUGAAGAUGAUAAUAUAAAUACAUCUAAACCACAACAUACAUCCAAUAUUCUACAAAAAACACUUCCAUUUUCACCAUCAAAAGAUGAUUUAACAGAUUCUAAUAGUGAUAAUAAUUCAGUUAAUACAGAAAUUCGAAAUUUUGACAUUAAUAAAACAGUUAUUCAAAAUUUAGUUAAUACAAAAAUUGGAAAUGGUUAUAGAGUAAUUGGUCCAACGAAAACUCAAUCACCUAUAAGUGAUGAUUCUUCAUGGACAACAACAUCUGUAAAAAUGAAUAAAGAAUCAACAAUAAAUACAAAAGGUAUUACUAAUCUAGUACAACAAAUAAAAAAAGAUGAAUCAACAUGGGAUAAUUCUCAUUCAUUAACUACUAAUUUAAAACAAUCAAAAGUACAAACAAAAGGUAUUGAAAAUCGAAUACAACAAAUAAAAACAGAAGAAUCAACAUGGGAUGAUUCUCAAGUAUCAAGUCAUAGUUCGAAACAAUCAAAAGGUAUUGAUAAUCCAGUAAAAAUUAUGGAUACAAAUGUACAUAUAAAAUCAUCAAAUCGACCAACAUCAUCGAACAUCGUCGGUAAACUUAUUACAACUUCUAUGUCCGAACGUGCUGAUUCAAUAAUAUCUGAAAAUACUUUACAUGAAGUUGAUAAUGAUGAAGAUUAUGAACCAAAUUUGAAAAAGAAAACCGACGAAGCACUUGUAACAUCUAUAAAAGAUCAUAGUUCUAAAAAAAUACAACAUUCAUCAUUACCUUAUGAUGGUAAUAAUUUAUAUGGUUCAAUAUCAUCAACAAAAUCAUCGUUUAAUAAUAUACAAAUAAAUGAAUUAAAAGAAAAGAUUGAAAAACUUGAACGUAAUCAAGAAGAUACACAAGAAUUAAAACGACAAUUAAAAGAAAUGGAAAAUAAAAAAAAUAAUUUUGAAAAAUUAUAUAAAGAAAAUGAUCAAAUGUUACGUCAAAUUGAAAAUAAAUUAGAACAAGAAAAAAAUGAAAAACAACGUUUAGAAUGGACAACAAAAAAUUUAAAUAUAGAAUUACAAAAUAUUAAACAUAAACUUCAAUCAUUAGAAGAUGAAAAAGAUUUAUUAAAUCAACGUUGUAUUAGAUUAAAAGAAGAAAGAGAUAAUCAUGAUGAAAAAUUACGUAUAUUACAAGCAAAUAGUUUACCAACAUCAAUACGAAGUUCACAUCAUGAUGAUGAUAUUGAUAAAAUUCAAGCUCGACAUCGUGAAGAAUUAAAAUUAUUAUCAGCUGAAAAUGAUGAUUUACAUAAUCGUACACAACAAUUAGAAUCUGAUUUAGAAUUACAUAAAGAAUCACUUGAUGUAACUGUACGUUAUAAAAUUGAUCUUGAAAAAGCAUUAGAAGAAAAAACAUUUUAUCAACAUGAAUUAGAUCAUUUAAAAUAUGAAAAAAAUCUUAUUGAACAAGAAAAAUUUGAAUAUAAAACUAAAUAUGAUAGUUUACAAGAUGAAAUACGUAUUAUACUUUUGGAUCGUUCAAAACUUGAACAAAAAUUAACAAGUGAAUUACAAGAACAUUUAGAAGAAAAACAACGUUCAACGGAUGAUAAACAAAAAUAUCGAAUUGAAAUUGAACAAUUAAAUAUUAAAUUAAAUGAUGCUGAAACACGUUUACGUUUAUUACAAACACAAAAUGAAACAUUACUAGUAUCAAAAGAUCGUAAUAUUAAAAAUGAAUUUGAUUCACUUUCACAACGUCUUACACAAAUUGAAUCAAAUAAAUUAAAUGCUGAACAACGUUAUCAUAAUCAACAUAAUGAAAUAACAAAUAAACAACAACAACAACAAAUUUCAAAUCAACAAUCUAUUAAUCAUAUACAAGAUCAACAUUCACAUUCUUCAUCAUGUAAAAAUUGUAAUGCAAUUCAACAAAAUAAUAAACAACAAUAUGAAUAUCAAUUACAAACUGAAAAAGAUAAUGAACAUUUACGUCAUACAUUUUCAUAUCCAAAACAAUAUCAAUAUUUAAAUAAACCAUUUCUAUCUGAACAAAACAAUGAAAAUUAUUUAAUAGAAAAUUCAAGAAAAAUUCGUUCUGAUACAGAACGUGUUAAAACAGAACUUAAUCGUUUACGUCAAGAUUUUGAUAAUUUAAUAACAAAUUAUGAACCAAUUAAUAAUUAUCAACAACAAAUACAAUUACAUUCAUCAAUAGAUACAUUUCGUCAAUUUUAUGAAAAUGAAUUACGACAACGACAAUUACUUAUGUCAAAAUUAACUUAUGGAUUAAAAUCAUCAUUAACAGAAAAUUAUCAUCAAUUAUCAUCACCACCAUAUUUAAAUCAUAAUCAUUCAUUUAAUGAUAAUUGUACAAUAUGUACAAAUAAUCAUUUUCUUCGAAAACGACUUGAUACAGCUAUUGAUACAAGUUUAGCUGAUCAACGUUUACAAAAAAUAAAACAAUAUUCAACUAUACCAAGACAAGCAUCAUCAUUAUUAUCAAUAAAUACAAUUAAUAAUAAUGAUAUUAUGUCAUCUAUGGAAUUUUUACGUGAACGUUAUUAUGUUUGA